UCCCCCAAUCCUAGGCAGCUUGCUCAUUCUUCAUAACGUAGUCAGCAUUGUCAAGAAAAUGGGCAGCAAGAUCUCUUCCCUCGCCUCCAAAACCAGUUCUCAGCAAAAAAGCACCACCAGCACCACCACCGGCACCACCAGCACCACCAACGGCACCACCACCACUACUGGCACGAGCACCAGCAGCAGCAGCAGCAGCAGCAGCAGCAGCAGCGCAUACACCGGACUAGCCAACAUCAUUAAGCUCCUUCCGAGCGGGACUGUCUUCCUGUUCCAAUUCCUCAACCCUCUUUUGACCAACAACGGCGAGUGCCACACUUACAACAAGUACCUAAGCGCCAUUUUGAUUGCAGUUUGCGGCAUUUCGUGUAUUAUCUCUUGCUUCACCGAUAGCUACACGGGAAGUGACGGGUCGACCCACUACGGGUUUGCCACGGCCAAGGGUAUCUGGCCUAGCUCAAGUUCUAGCAGCUCCACGAGCUCGUCGGGGUAUAAGCUUCGGUUUUCGGAUUUCGUCCAUGCUUUCUUGUGUGUGGUCAUUUUCUUAGGUCUGGCGUUGUUGGACACGAACACAGUGAAGUGCUUCUAUCCGUCUUUCGAGGACACAGAGAAGACUGUGAUCAUGGUUCUGCCAACCGUGAUCGGCUCGAUCUCGAGCACGCUGUUCACGUUGUUCCCAAGCACGCGCAACGGAGUCGGGUAUUCUUCAACCAGUUCCACCUCAACGACCAGCACUACCUCGGAGAGCAAUGCCGAGACAGUUUGAUGAUACACAGAAGCACAUAUGCAGGAUACAAAUGCAACCCCAUGCAUAUAUCCAAAUAAAUGCAUCUAGGGUUUCUCAUGUUAGACUCAUGUGCUCUAGGAUGAGCACAUAAUUACAAUUGUACGUAUUUGUUGCCAUAGGUCUUACAAUGUAUUGUUUUUUCUUCUUUUUUUUUGGGUCGAACGAUGUAUUGGUUGAUUUGGUCUAUUUGUA